GCAGUUUCUCCCCCGGAGGCGAAGCAUGCGCAGCAUCUUAGACUCAAAACGGAAUACGGCGUAGUCAGCAGACCCGCGUAUAAGAAAGAAAUAAAAAAUUAACCUGCCACGUACCGGUCCUGCAGCUUACGAGUCAGUCCUGGAUGGUUCUGAAGGCUCGUAAAAGUUGCGAUUUUCACAUCCUGGAGGCGCGAAUCACAACACGCUGAGCCGGCCGCCAAACUCGACCGAUCAUGUCGGAAUACACGUCCAGUCGCGACGGCUUCCAGCGCGCGAUGCAGUGGAGCCUGUCGGGCAAGCCCGAGGAUGCGAAGCUAUACGCCGAAGCCACAGGGACGCCGGACUUCUGCCACAUUAUGAACGGGCAGAAGCUUGAGGGUGACAGCUAUGUUCAAGGCAUUGCGGAAUGGCGCGCCAAGAGCAGCGAGUAUCAUCCGGUGGUGGAGGAAUUUCUACGCGACGGCGAUCAGCUAGCAGCACGCGUGACGGGAACGAUCAAAGCCGACGGGGCGCAUCUCUUCUUUGGGAGCUUCAUGUUCGCGAAGAUUGAUGAGGCGAGCGGAAAAAUGAUGUGGCUUAAAGAGCGCUCAGUAUGGGGACCCGUGGGUAAAGAUCCUGAGCAUGGAGUGAACUAAGAGCCCGUUGUAAUCCGACGCUGUCACGUCUAUUUCCAGCAAAAAGGAGCAAAUAUGAGGCACUGGAGUAUGGGUUUUUC